AUGUGGUCCAAACUCUCGAUGAAUAAGACAGAACAGAUUCUUAAAUCAAGGUAUAUAUGUAGACAUGCUUGCAGUUAUUUUCCACUGACUUUACAUGUUGAGGACAUACAUGCCUUCCAUCCUGAUCGUGCUUAUGUCUUUGGUUAUGAGCCACAUUCAGUGUGGCCCAUUGGUGUUGUUGCAUUAGCAGACCAUACAGGUUUCCUGCCUCUCCCAAAGAUAAAGGUCCUUGCCAGCAGCGCUGUGUUCUACACACCAUUCUUGAGACAUAUAUGGACGUGGUGUGGUCUUACAUCUGCGACAAGGAAAAAUUUUACCUCCCUUUUGUCAGCUGGUUAUAGUUGCAUUGUAAUUCCAGGUGGAGUACAAGAGACAUUUUAUAUGGAGCAUGAUAAUGAGAUGGUGAGGGAAAGUGGACACAUUUACAACCCUUGGUACAUAGAAUCCUCGACGCUUGAGACAUGA